GGUCAACAUUAUGAAGAGGAAAAACGGGCAUUGAGCCAUGAAAUAAUUGCACUCAAUAAUCACUUAAUAGAGGCCAAGGUGACAAUAGAUAAGUUGUCAGAAGACAAUGAGCUCUAUAGGAAGGACUGCAAUUUAGCUGCUCAGUUGCUCCAGUGCAGCAAGAAUUACGACAGGGCACAUAAGCUUUCUGAGUUGCCAUCUGACUUUCAGGAAAGAGUCAGCAUCCACCUGGAAAAACACGGCUGCAGCCUUUCUGUCCCCUUGUGCCACACGUCUUACGCUGAUACCAUACCCACUUGCGUCAUUGCCAAAGUACUGGAAAAACCAGAUCCAAACAGCUUGUCUUCACACUUGUCAAGCCCAUCUACAAGGGAUCUCAAUUUUCAGGACUCUGCUGGAAAACUCGGACAAAGGCCCCAGUACAAGUCGGACAUCUACUGCAGUGACACCGCCCUUUACUGCCCCGAGGAGAGGAGGAGGGAGAGGAGGCAGAGUGUGGACACACAAGUGAAAGACGUGGGGUUCCUGCGGUCCCAGAACUCCACGGACAGCACCGUCGAAGAAGACGGUUUCCAUUCCAGCUUCUCUCACGAAGCCUUCCCCGAGUACAUUACCUCUCUGCCGACCUCCAGCUCCUAUUCCAGCUUCAGCGUCACAUCCGAGGAGAAGGAGAACGCCCAAGCCAACACUCUGACAGCCUCUCAGCAAGCGAUCUACAUGAGCAACCGAGACGAACUGUUUGAAAGAAAGUCACCUGCAGGUUACGAGCAUCAGGGAAGUCCUAGGUUUGCCAAGUCCAAACCCGCGCAGCACAUGGAGCUUGCCGAUGACAACGAGAACUCACCCACUUUUGCUAGGACUCUGCCUCCUUAUGCAAACGAACCUUUUCAUUUCUCAGCCAUAACACCACAGCAGGCUUUAGCAAACCAGAAAAUGAGGAACGAGUGCAGGAGCACCCACCUUUCAGAAGAAGACUUGCCUGCGCGAUGGAGGCAAUUGAGCGUGGAGGACAUUGGUGCAUACCCUUACAGGAACACUGGCAGGCUGUCGCCCUGUAGUUUUUCCGAGCAGUACUACAGCAGCCCUAUUAAGAAGGGAGACAGUCGAACAAGCCCUAUCUAUGCUAGUUACAAAGCAGACAGCUGCUCAGAGGGAGACGAUAUCUGCCAAAGCAGACUUGUGGAUUCUUGCUUCCUGAGAACAGACAGUGGCCUGAACAUUGACAUCAGCACGAGCUGUAAACAGGACAAAUUGCCCACUUACAAAACAAAAGAAUCAAGAGACCAAAAAAAUGAAAGGAUUACUGUCCAGUUAUGCAGUAGCAAAAACAUCGAAAAUAGCCCGGUAUUGAAAAGAGAAUACGUGGACGUGAGCCCCAACAGCUCAGCAGAGUCCCUCAAUCAGAGUUCAAUGGAGGCUUCAGAAAUCCACCAGUCUUCCAUGGAGCAAGGAAGCCAUUCGGGUAUUCACAGCAAACAGCAGCAGUUUCAACGGACUGGGAGCACUGGUUUGAGUCGGAAGGACAGCCUUACAAAAGCACAAUUAUACGGAACCCUUCUGAACUAG